UCCCACAAUCAUGACAAAGAGAUAAGAAAACUAGAACAUGGACCAAGUCAAAAGGCAGGCAACCACUUAUGCAAUUUGGGCUUGGUCAUCUCCUCAGGAAAGGAAAGACAGGGAUUAGGUUAGGGUACGCCCCAAGAGAAAGUUAUGAGGGCUGCAGGGUGCUCUUAUGAAAGCAUUUGAAGUGGCCCCUGUCCAAGUGGCCCAAGUAGAAGGGUACUGGGCAUUAAUCUACAAUUUUCGCACUUCCCCUAUCUAGUCUACAAGUGAAACUACAAUUUUCUUUUGUCAAUUACUUCUAUACAAGGACACUCCUGUGAGGUUUGGGAACCAUAAGAGUUCUGCUGACCUCUUGGAGGAGGCACCUCAAACUUAUGAAAGUCAAUUUUGGCUCCAACUUUGCCUUAUGUGUCCGUGGCUCAGCAGAUGGCACCACCUAGUCCAAGCAGCAACAGCAUCAGUGGCAGCGGUGGGGGUGGUGGAGGUGACCAGCUGAGCAAAACCAAUCUCUACAUCCGAGGGCUGCAACCAGGCACCACAGACCAGGACCUAGUCAAGCUCUGUCAGCCAUAUGGCAAAAUUGUUUCUACUAAGGCCAUAUUGGACAAGACAACAAACAAAUGCAAAGGCUAUGGCUUUGUAGAUUUUGACAGUCCUUCAGCUGCACAGAAAGCUGUGACUGCGCUUAAGGCCAGCGGGGUGCAGGCACAGAUGGCAAAGCAACAGGAGCAGGACCCUACAAAUUUAUACAUCUCAAACCUCCCAGUGACUAUGGAUGAGCAGGAGUUGGAGGGGAUGUUAAAGCCUUUUGGGCAAGUCAUUUCUACUCGAAUUCUUCGAGACACAAGUGGGACCAGUCGAGGGGUUGGCUUUGCAAGGAUGGAGUCCACAGAGAAGUGUGAAGCCAUCAUCACUCACUUUAAUGGCAAAUACAUUAAGACACCCCCUGGAGUACCAGCCCCAUCUGAUCCUUUGCUCUGCAAAUUUGCUGAUGGUGGACAAAAGAAACGCCAGAACCAGGGGAAAUAUGUGCAGAAUGGCCGGUCUUGGCCGAGAGAUGGUGAUGUGGGUGGCAUGGCACUGACCUAUGACCCUGCCACAGCUCUACAGAAUGGGUUUUAUACAGCAUCACCUUACAGCAUCACCCCCAACAGGAUGAUUGCCCAGACCACACUAUCUCCCUAUCUCCCAUCUCCUGUAUCUUCAUAUCAGGUUCACAGCCCGUCUUGGAUGCACCACCAGUCGUACCUCAUGCCACCUGCAGGCACAGUCCUGACCCCAGGGAUGGACCACACCAUUUCCAUCCAGCCUGCCUCAGUGAUGGGACCUCUCACUCAGCAGCUGGGCCACCUUUCCCUCAGCAGCACGGGCACGUAUAUGCCCACCGCUGCAGCUAUGCAAGGAGCUUAUAUCCCCCAGUACACGCCUGUGCCUUCUUCCAGUGUCCCUGUUGAGGAGAACAGUGGCCAGCAAAGUCAAGUAGCGGUGGACUCUCCCUCCGAUCAUGCAGCCUAUUCCUUCCAGUACAGCAAGUAACAGUGGAUGGGCCUGGGCCUGAGAGGACAUCUCUGCUCUCAUGCCCCACCACUUCCCCACAUCACUGGCGGAACCUGGGGUUACAAAGCCACCUUUCCUUUGUGCUGCAUUCAAGGAGUUCAGAUUUUUUUUUCUUUCUUUUGCAAAGAAAACGUUUUUUAAAACCACAACAGACUCUUCUCACCCCAAGGAGACCAACCAGUGACUGGAUGUUCAUGUCUCCAUAUGAAAAAAAUCCUGUGUUGUGUUGGGAUUUAUUGUUUGGGCUGUUUUUAAAAAUUUCUUUUAAAAGAAAGUAGAAAGCUUUGUUGCUGGGGCAUUGGCCAUGGGUUCUUCUUGAUGGGUUUGGUUACAGACUUUUCUGUUUUUAUUAUUUUGUAGGUUUUUUUUUAAAGAAAAUAUGCAGUUUUUUGAAUUUUGUUUUGUAAAGCUCCCAGAAUCUGUGCCUGCCCCUCUCUUUCUGCUUCUUCCCCAAGUUGCGUCCUAACCCAACCACUGCUUUCUUCCCACCCCCAUGCUGCAGAACCUGCCCACUUCAGCUUUUUAACUUGGGGAUUUUGGUUUUUUUGAAAUGGAAUUUUAUUUUGUGAAAUAAGAACAAAACAGAGCAUAACUUGGGCAGUGGAGGGGGUCCAUCCUUCCUCCUUUCUGCUCCUCUUCCCCGCUUACCUGCCUCCUACCUGGAAAAGAACACCAGACUUUGGCUGCAGGGAAGAGAAACGUGUCCUUGGGCACUGCAGAGACAAAACCCCUGACCCUUCACUCCAGCCCAUCUGGACAGAGACAAGGUUUCCUCCAGAAUAUCAGACAAUGAAUUCAACUACUUCUGCUCUUCUUCUUGCUGCUAUGGGGACAUCUCCAUCCCAGGAAAUCAUCUUUGGCUUCAGCUCUUCAGGAAUCCUAACUCUGCUGCUCUGGCUGGCUUUUUGUGCCAUCUCCAGGAAAGGAGCUGUGGACCUGUCACCUUUCUCUUUCUCCCCACCCCUUUUUGCUGUGCUCAGAGCCCCAACAGCUAGAACAUGUGCUGCCUUCCUCUUCCUCUUUGUCCCCUGCCUUCCUCCCCACUUUCUUUGCCGAGCAUGGAUCAGCUGACCAGCUGCUUCAUCUUGGUGUAGAUGAUACUGCCCCACAGGACUUGGUAAUUCUCCACCCCUGACCCUGGGAUCCACAGUGCCUUCCGACACCCACCUUUAGGGAUGCUGCCAGGGGAGACCGUUACCCAACCUCUCUGCAUGCACUGACUUACCAACAAGCUUUGGGUUGCAUGUUAGAGAGAGUAAGAGAGAGAGAGAGAGAGAGAGAGAGAGAGAGAGAGAGAGAGAGAGAGAGAGAGAGAGUGUGUGUGUGUGUGUGUGUGUGUGUGUGUGCACAUGCGUGCGUGUGUACAUGAAUGCUGUUUGCAUUUGGGUAGGGGUAGAAAAGGAUAUACCAAUCUCAGAUUGUGUAGUUCAGCCUGCACUGUCCUGGUGAGCUUGCCCUUCUCCCAAGGUUCUGCGCAUCUGCAGGCAUCUUCCUUCUUCUGGAAGUCCAGCAGGUAUCUGGGCUGGAAACGUGCAAUAACCAUCCCCCACCCCACAUUUCAUCGUUCCUAUGAGGCUAGGACUUUAGUGAAAAAGGCCCAUGAUUUCCACCCUACCCACCCUUCUCCUACUGCAAGAUUUAUCUCUGUGCCCAGAGAAACAAACAAAUAGUGGAAGUGUCAUGCUGCUGCCCACCUCAAGGAACAGGCCUUUCCCUUAUCACCUUCCCACCCAGAGUCCAGUUUCAUAAUUACAUUGUAAAGCUAUGAAAGGGAGGUUCUGUUUCAGCCCAAGGGACUGGGUCCUCUCCACCUAUGGGCCAGACUCUUCUGCACUACGACAAUCAAGGAUAGAAAAACAGAUAAGAUUGAUGUGUGAGGGAAAAUCAGGUGUUAAAUAAGCUGGAGGGAGAAGGAGGGGGAAUGCUGCAGCACCAGUGACUGAGCUUCAGUAAUAGGCUCCAGCCCAGGCCUCUCCAAUCUAUCCUUCAUGCUUCCUUACCCCCAAACUGCCCUUUUGUUCAACCUUGGGAGGGGUGAUGUUGGUUUGCCUAUUUUCAGUUUCUUUUGGGUGCUUUUUAAACUUUUUAAACACCCUCAAUCCCAGGACAUAUUUGCUCAGAGGGUGCCCCCUUGCCUUUCCUUUGCCUCUUGUCCCCCCUCACUCCUGUUCCUUUUGUCACUGUCAAUGAGAAGUAACUCCAGCCCCCAUGCAUUCAGUUACCCUAUCUGGCAGUCUGGAUGCUGGGGGAAGGGGGUAAGGCUGUAGGGAGAACUUUUGUUCCUAAGAGUUGACCAAGGAAGACUACAUAACCCUACCUUGUCUAUGUACUCUUAGGGAAAAAUAAGGAAAAAAGAAUCCAGAUAGCUUGAUUUUAGGCACAUCUUAAAUGAAGCCUAGGGUGGUUGAAAGAAACAGAAGUGCAGUGGGGUCUCUCAUCCUCCAUAUGCAGCAGGAGCGGCUGCUACUCUUCCUUUGUCAUCCCCCGAGGCCUACCCUUACCACCUGUUGGUUUGUUUGAAGUGUCCAGAUAGUGCUGUUUAGCUUCUUUCAGAGAAUCAUUAUGUUUCCUUUUGAGCUUGCCCUUGUGAAAUCUCAUUGUUCUUAUUGGUUCCUUUUAAUGGUGUUUUCUGGAAGAAGGGUUUGGGGAUACAGGGGAUUUAGACUGACCACUGACUUUAAAUUUUUUUGGUGGUUGGUGGUAGUGGUGGUGAUGACUUCAUUUGGUGCUUUUGAGUUGUUACUCUUGAGAUACUUGGGGGGUGGGGGGAGGCAAGAAUGUUUUUUUUUUUAACAUGUGAUCAGUUGUGAUAAAGGGUGGGUGACUGGCGCAGAGAAAUAGGGUGUGGGGAGGGAAAUCCUUCCCCUCACCCCUAAGCCACAAACUGAUGUAGUGGGAACAGCUAAAGGAUGCUCUAGGUCUGAACUCAGGGGCCUGGCUAAUCUUUGUUCCUUCAGGUCCUCUUGUCAGGCAGGGGCUGUGGCUGAGGGAUAGGGGGUAGAUGGUAGAGGGUCUCUGCACAAUCUCACAUCCUCUCCCUUCGAAGAGCAUGCUAUUUCUGUGAUUACAGAGAUGCUCUUAGGAUUUAAAAUGUUUUUCUAUGUAUCUUUUUGUGCAUAUAUGUGUAUGCGCACACUUUUUUUUUUUAAGAAAGCCAAAUAGAAACAUCACUGAACCGGACAUCCUCUCCUGGGUUUUAGAGACCCAGAGCUGAUUCAGCAUUGCCAUUGUCAUUGCUUCCCAUAGGGCCUGGAUCAUGGCAGGCCCCAAACCUGGGGACGGUGCAGAGGCUGCAUUGCUGUUUAGACCUGGUCUGAGGCAAAGGGUGUCAUGUAUGAAAAUACUGUGUUUUGGGGGCGGAAGUGGGGAAGAGAAGUGAAAUAUUUCUUUUUAAGAUUUUGUUUUGUUUAACCAAAGAAAGUUAAGCAGGUCCUAGUCUAGCCUCCUGUUCCCAGAUUCUCGAGGAGAAGCUGUAUAUUAGAGGUGGAGGCACAUGGACUGUAGGGUAAGUGAGAUGAGACUCAGAAGCUAUGCAGGCAACCCCGUCACUUCCCAUUGCUAACAAACGGGCUUCCUCCCUUUGGUGCUAAAAGCUGGUGCUUUCAGUCUCCACCUUGCGGUCCCUGAGAUCGCCUGCCUCUCUGCAAUCUAGAGAAGGGAGGGCACCUCUCGAGGACUGAGUCAGAGCCGGGUGCUUCCUUAAGGAUGUGAGUGAACAGCUGGAGGGUAUUCUGCUCAGCUGGGAGGAACCAGGCCAGCUGCGGCUAUUCUGGGAAGGGGACCUGGACUGCCGUUUGCCAUGUGCCCCACCUGCUGGGGGGGGGUGGCAUCGCACCCCAGCUACCAGAGCCACACUUAGCAAUGACAGUAGUACCCCCUCAACCCCACCCCCAUAGCUUUGAGCAAUAAAAACAGGUGAAUGGUUAUCAUCCCCCCCCCCCGGGUAUUGAUGGGCCUAGGAGUGGUGAAGCAGCCAGUCAGAAGUAGGGGGAGGGCUUAGAUUCUUUGUGCCUUGACAUCCCUUGAUCCAGCCACUUCUCCCUCUUCCCCAGCUUUCCCACCUCCCACUCUAGUUCCCUUUCAAGUUGUGGCUAUCCUUGUCUAUUCCCCAGAAAUAUCCCCUACUCCCACCUCUUCCCUCUUAAGCCCUAGCAGGGGCUUUCCUCACCAGUCCUUGGGAGUGCCAUGUUAGCUCCAUCCUUCUGCCUUCCCUCUGUACUGCCCUUCUCCACCCCCUCCACCCCCACCAAGGGAGUCCUACAUAUGGCUAAUGUAUUGCCUGCAGGGUUCUUUGCUCUCCCAGCCUCCAAGCCUAUUCUGACCACCUCCUUACUUUCCACUACAUAUCCAGCAAUGUUCUUUCUCCUCGUUACACAUCUACCUCACAAUUCUCACAGUUCAUUGUUCAGAACAAGGGCACAACCACCUUCUUAGGCCCCUACUCUAUCCCUUCACCUAUUUCAGGUUUGGGAGCAAGGAGAAUGGGUGAUAUGGGUAGGGAAGGGUUUGUAACUAAAAAACAAAAUUUAGUUGCUGCUACUUUCUGUAGAAUCUAAUAGGGCUGAGUCUGUAGUGUUGGUGCCUACUUUCCAAUUAACACUGAAGUUGAAGCGGAGCUCAUGGGUCUUAAAAAGACCAUGAAACAACUCCCUCAUGACCAGUGGUUUUACUCUAACUGGUCCAAGCUCCAGAAAGGGAGAAAGUUACAAGGACUGCAGCAGUAGCUAUUCCCUCCCCCAGUUUGACAACCAACACGGCACAGGGGCUUUGUCAUCUCAUUUUCCUUAUUCCCCUGUUGGGCUUUAAAAACAGCCUUAUUCCAGAGACCUCUUUUAUUCACCUUGGGGCACUUACCUCUCCUAUCUUCGAGCUGGACUGAGGGGAAGAGAAGUUGGUAUCCAACUGUCUGAGUUGAGCUUAACCUGAGGUCCUGAUGGAGAUGCCAACAGGGGACCAUCUUUAUGCUAAUCCCAUCCACCCAACACCAAUCCCCAUCUCAUAUAUACCCAUUGUAGACCUGAAAUAAGUUUAAUUUAUACUUAGAAACAUUUUGUACAGAUUUUUUAAAGUUUUUUUCUUUUGAUUUUGUUUAUUCAGAGUUUCUAGUUUUGUAUUCUGCCUGCUUCUAUGCUGAAAGCACUCCAGCUUAGUAUCCCUCUGUUUAUCUCCUAAAUUUUCCAAUGUACCUCUUCCUUCCCCUGCAAUCUUGUGGAGCUCCAAUUGUCUCAUUUCAAAUUGUUUUUAAAUAAAAUGAUAAAAAACCA